AUGCUUCAAAAUCGAUUCUCACAAUAUAUGACUGAAGGAGAAAUGGACAGUUGCUUGAACCAGUUCGGAAACGACGCACAAUUUGUAAAAUGGAUGAGAAAGUAUGUUUGGGUUCAUAAAAAAGAGGGGUUCGGCAGAGAAGAGGAUGGGUUUCGAAAAUGUUAUGCUCUCAACAGCUGAUUUUUUGAUCAGAAGUUGAUUAUUUUAUCUCUUCCCAAAACUUAAGCGUAAGAUAUCGAUUAAGCUUAAAAUUCUGAACACUAGCUACUUUUGAAACCAAAAUAAUAUCAAGCUUUCAAAAAAGUCAUUUUUUAACCCCUGGUGGUUUUCAUAACCCUUUUUUCCGAAAGCCUUUUCUCAUCUUACUUUAAAUUUCAUUUAUUUUUUCCCGAAAUUUUUCAAGAACAUUUUAUAUAUAACCAUAACCAUUCUUACGUUGCAGAAAAGUCAAAGUGGAUAACCGAAUGAUUUACACCGCGCAAGGGUUGAGAAAUUCGUAUGAGAAGUAUUUGGAGAAAGAUUCGAAAAUGGACGGAAAAUAG